AUGGACUCGCUGCUCCCAGCAAGCGCUCGGUUUGGGUUGGAUCUUUUCAAAGACCUGAGUAAAACAGAUGAGGGCAACGUCUUGUUUUCCCCUGCGGGCAUCUCAACCACCAUUGGAAUGCUGCCCCCGGUGACCCGAGGAGCCGCCGCCACCCAGGAGCAGGAGGUGCCUUUCUUUGAAAAAGACACAGAAAGCUCAAGAAUCAAAGCUGAAGAAAAAGAGUUGGAGGCGACAGAAGAGAUCCAUCGCCAGCUCCAAAGGGUUUUGAGUGAGAUAAGCAAGCCCAGCGAUGGUUAUGAACUGAAAAUAGCCAACCGGCUGUUUGGAGAAAAGACAUACCUCUUCCUUCAAAAAUACUUAGAUUAUGUUGAAAAACAUUACCAUGCUUCUCUGGAACCUGUUGAUUUUGUAAAUGCAGCCGAUGAAAGUCGAAAGAAGAUUAAUUCCUGGGUUGAAAGCCAAACAAAUGAAAAAAUCAAGGACCUGCUUCCAGACGGCUCUUUAAGCAGCUCCAUCAAGCUGGUGGUAGUGAACGUAAUUUAUUUUAAAGGGCAAUGGGACAGGGAGUUUAAGAAAGAAAAUACCAAGGAGGAGGAAUUUUGGCUGAAUAAGAGCACGAGCAAGUCUGUGGUGAUGAUGACACAGCGCCAGUCCUUUAGCUUCAAGACCCUGGAGGACGUGCCAGCCAAAAUUCUGGGCCUUCCGUAUCGAAACCAUGACCUCAGCAUGUUCUUGCUGCUGCCCAAUGACAUCGACGGUCUGGAGAAGAUUAUAGAUAAAAUAACUCCUGAGAAGUUAAUAGAGUGGACUAGCGUGGGGCGUAUGGAAGAGAGGGCCGUGGACUUGCACUUGCCCCGGUUCCGGGUGGCGGGCACUUACGACCUGGAAGCCACCUCCGCGGGGCUGCGCGCUGCCGGCCUCUCGGGGAGCCCCGAGGGUGCCGGGCUGCGCUCCCAGAGGCUGCUGCACAGGUCGGUGCUGGAGCUGACCGAGGCGGGCACGGAGGCUGCGGCCGCCACCGCUGUGGGCUUCGCCGUCACGCCGGCCCAGGACUGCGAACGUUUUCACUGCAAUCACCCUUUCCUGUUCUUCAUCAGGCACAACGAGUCCGACAGCGUCCUUUUCUUUGGCCGAUUUUCUUCUCCUUAG